AGCCGAGGAGGGAGAACAAAGCAGUCUACAAGUUCACUAUUGCGACCGACGACAUGAGCGGCGGGGUGCAGGAGCUUGUGCGUGCGGCCCGCGCGGGAGACCUGGAGAGGGUACAGGAGCUGGUGGAGGGUGGCGUGGCGGUGAAGGAUCAAGUGGUGUCCGGGGUCAAUGACCGGGUUGUGUACCAGGACACGGCUCUGACGGGCGCGGCGCGGAUGGGGCGGAAGAAUGUGGUGCAGUGGCUAGUGGGGAGUGCGGUGGUGGGGGUGGAGGAUGGGCGGACGGACGGGUGGACGGCGGCGAUGGCUGCUGCCUGGGGUGGACACCUGGAUGUGAUGCAGUGGCUGGUGAGCAAGGGUGGGGCGGAUGUCGACAAAGCCAACAACAAGGGAUGGACACCGCUGUGCAUUGCUGCGCAGAAAGGCCACAAGGAUGUGGUUGAGUGGCUGGUGAACGAGGGUAGGGCGGAUGUCGACAAAGCCAACAACAAGGGAUGGACACCGCUGUACAUCGCUGCGCAGAAAGGCCACAAGGAUGUGGUUGAGUGGCUGGUGGGCAAGGGCAAGGCGGCGGUCGACAAGGCCCUGAACAACGGAGCCACGCCACUGUACAUAGCUGCGCGAAGCGGUCAUCUGGAUGUGGUUAAGUGGCUGGUGAGCGAGGGCGGGGCGGAGGUCGACAAGGCUAGCUACAGCGGAGCCACACCGCUGUACAUUGCUGCGCAGAAAGGCCACAAGGAUGUGGUUGAGUGGCUGGUGAGCGCAUACGGGACGGAGGUUGACCAAGUCAAGAACAGCGGAGCCACGUGCUUGCUCAACGCUGCAAAGAAGGGUUGCCUAGGCUUGGUACAGUGGCUGGUGAAGAAGUCCGAGGUGGCAGUCGACGAGACCGACGACGACGGAGUCACACCGUUGUCUAUUGCUGCGCAUAGCGGGCACCUGGAAGUGGUUCAGUGGCUGGCGGGCGAGGGCAGGGCGGAUGUCGGCAAGGCCGACAACAACGGAGCCACGCCGCUGUACAUGGCUGCCGAGAUGGGUCAUCUGUAUGUGGUGCGAUGGCUGGUGAGCAAGGGCCGGGCGGAGGUUGACAAAGCCAACAACAACGGAUGGACACCACUGUACGUUGCUGCGGAGAAAGGCCACCUGGAUGUGGUGCAGUGGCUGGUGAGCGCAUACGGGAUGGAGGUUGACCAAGACGAGGACAGCGGAGCCACGUGCUUGCUCAGCGCUGCGAAGCAGGGUUACCUAGGCUUGGUACAGUGGCUGGUGAAGAAGUCCGAGGUGGCAGUCGACGAGACCGACGACGACGGAGUCACACCGUUGUCUUUUGCUGCGCAUAGCGGGCACCUGGAAGUGGUUCAGUGGCUGGCGGGCGAGGGCAGGGCGGAUGUCGGCAAGGCCGACAACAACGGAGCCACGCCGCUGUACAUGGCUGCCGAGAUGGGUCAUCUGGAUGUGGUGCGAUGGCUGGUGAGCAAGGGCGAGGCGGAGGUCGACAAGGCUAGCAACAGCGGAGCCACACCGCUGUUUAUUGCUGCGCAUAACGGUCACCUGGAUGUUGUGAAGUGGCUGGUGGGCGAGGGCAAGGCGGAUGUCAACAUGACCUUGACCAACGGAGUCACGCCACUGUACAUAGCUGCGCGAAGCGGUCAUCUGGAUGUGGUUAAGUGGCUGGUGAGCGAGGGCGAGGCGGAGGUCGACAAGGCUAGCAACAACGGAGCCACACCGCUGUACAUCGCUGCGCAUAACCGUCACCUGGAUGUUGUGAAGUGGCUGGUGGGCGAGGGCAAGGCGGCGGUCGACAAGGACUUGAACAACGGAGCCACACCGCUGUACAUUGCUGCGCAUAACGGUCACCUGGAUGUUGCGGAGUGGCUGGUGGGCGAGGGAAAGGCGGCGGUCAACACGACCUUGACCAACGGAGUCACGCCGCUGUACAUGGCUGCCGAGAUGGGUUGUCUGGAUGCAGUGCAAUGGCUGGUGUACGAGGGCAGGGCGGCGGUCGACAUGGCUUUGAAGAACGGAGCCACGCCGCUGUAUGUCGCUGCCGCGAAGGGUCAACUGGAUAUGGUGCGAUGGCUGGUGAACGGAGGCAGGGCAGCAGUCGACAAGGCCAAAAACAACGGAGGCACGCCGUUGUACGUCGCUGCGCAACACAACCACCUGGAGGUAGUCAUUUGUCUUGUGGCUGCAGGUGGUGCCAAGGUCAUCCCCACACGUACACAAGCUCUACGGGCUUUUGUCGAUGCUCAGCCACUGGACGUCACUAGUAUGCGUGGUUACACCCGCAUCAUCAACUUCCUUCGCGCCGUCCAGACCGCCACCGUUGAUGGUCAUGCUCCUCUUCUCGGCGCCACCCUCAAGGCUGAUUUGGAUCUUCUUAGCACCCUCAUUGCCGCGGGAGCACCACUUGAAUCGUUUCACGAUGGCCAAACAGUACUGAUGCAUGCAACUGCUGCCGGCCUCACCGAAGUAGUCGUCCACCUGCUCCGAUUCGGCGCUGCUGCCAACACGGUUGAUUCUAACGGGAACACAGCGCUCCACGUCGCAGCAGCUCACGGCCAUGUCGAUAUCUCGCGAGUGUUGGUGACGCAGGGAAGGGCUCGAAUCCAUCAGGAAAACAAUGGAGGCGAGACGCCGUUGCAUGCCGCACUGCGUGGCAACGACGUUGCGCUGUUCCUCCUCGACACACCCACUCCACCGAAACCGGAACCCUGGCUCUACGUGUACUCCAACACCCAGCCAGGUCUGGAGUCCAACAACAUGCCCACCACUGCUGCGCCAUCGAGCCACGAGCGUGUUGCCAUGCAUGACUUGGAGGUGUUCAAGGAGGACGAGCUCGGCCAUGGUGCGCACGCACGCGUCUUCCGUGGCCUGCGGGCCAAGACACCAGUGGCGGUCAAGGUGCUGUUCACGCAGGAGCUAGCGCCCGAGGCGGAUGUAUCAGCACUGCAACAUUCACUGAAAGACGAAGCGGUCCUGCUGGGUAAGCUGCGUGAUCCGAACAUUGUGCAGUUUCUCGGGCUGUCGAUGAUGCCUGCGACAAAUCACAGCGGACCGCGACCUGCGCUUGUGUUUGAGCUGAUGGAGCGCGGCUCGCUCUUCGACUACCACGAGCGGUACGGCCGUUUUCCUCCCCAGGUCGCCGCAGCCCUUGCAUUGGAUGCUGCACGCGGACUGGCGUAUCUGCACAGCAAAGGCGUAGUGCAUGGCGACAUGAAGUCACCGAACUUACUCCUAAGCGGAGCGAGCGGACGGAUGCGUCUGAAGGUAGCGGACUUUGGACUGGCAAAGCUCAAGGGCAAUGGCGUGGCAACGACCAAUGCAGGCACGUUCCGCUGGAUGGCGCCGGAAGUGAUGGUAUCAGGCAAGGAGAACACGUACGGGAAGGAAGCAGAUGUGUUCUCGUUUGGUGUUGUGAUGUGGGAGCUGGCCGCGGGAUCGUACCCAUACAAGGGUACUGGUCUCGAUGAGCGGGGCAUCCGGCAAGCGGUGUUGCAAGAUGAGAUACGGCCAGAGUUUGAGCCUUCCAUGGGAGCAUCGGAGGUGUACGUUGCGCUUGCUCGCAAGUGCUGGAGUGCUAGCCCCGCGCAACGACCGGGAAUGACGGCGGUGGUCGACAAGCUCGAGAUCAUCGAAGCUGAGGAGCAAAAGCAUAGCCUCAAGCGUUGGGACGUGUUCAUUUGCCAUGGCGGCGGUGACAAGGGCGCCGCCCUCGAUCUUUACGACGACCUCACCGCCCGCGGACUCUGCGUCUUCCUCGACAGUAAGUCGCUUGACGGUGAGCGCUGCGAGUACCCCGAUGAUCUUGCUGAUCAUGUCCGCGCCUCGCGUGUCGUCAUCGUCCUGGUAUCCAAGCACAUGAUGGUCACACAUUGGGCCAUCGCAGAGGCCAAAGCUGCCCUCGCUGAAGCCGAUGCAGGCCGUUGUAAGCUACUUCCAGUCUUUAUCUGUAGCGACAUCUCGCCCAAUACGCUCCGUCACGCCGCUGACGUCGAUACGGCCGACCCGCAGCACCUCGUGCUCAGGAUCAUGGACGCUUCGUUCUUAUCGCCCGACCAUGCAGAGCAGUACGGACUCUGGCGCCACCCCGAGCUCACGCCCGCCCGCAAGGCCGAUCAUGUUGCCACCGUCUACGCCCUGGAAAACUACGGCGCCGAAACCCACAACUGGCACACCACCUCGCCGUCCCGCGCAUUAGCCGAUGUUGCUAAUCGCGCGGCCAACCUGGUGGCCGAGAUGGUCAACCCUGCAGGCCCAUCAACCUAAAGCUCGAGUAGCU